AGUGUCAAGUGAAAAAAGUGAGGUUAGGAAAGUGAUAAAAAAGUUGUGUCCAAGAAGCUCAUCCGGCGGGUAUUUCCUCCCGUCCUGGACUUGCUGGAUUGGAAAUUUAAAUUACCAGCUCUGUCUAUCACCUAAAAGACUCAUUUUACUCUAUCUAAGAGCAUGCAAGUGGCAAAAAUAGUUGUUAUUGAGCCAUUCUAUGGAGGAUCACACAAACAACUUCUGGACACGAUAUUUGAGGGCAUAAAUCCAGCUGAAUAUGACCUCUUUACACUGCCGGCGAAGAAGUGGCACUGGCGUGCAAGGACUAGUGCUCUCUACUUUUCCCAAAUUAUCCCACUUGUCCACGAAUACACCAUUCUCUUCACAUGCUCUGUGCUGAAUCUGGCCGAAUUGCUGGGCAUUCGAUCGGAUCUUGUGAAGUGCAAAAAAAUUGUCUAUUUCCAUGAGAAUCAAUUGGUCUACCCAAUUCGAGAGAUCAAAGAACGAGACUGCCAAUACGGAUUGAAUCAGAUUAUGACCUGUUUGGCUGCUGAUGAAAUCAUCUUCAAUUCCUACUUCAAUCGAUCAUCAUUCCUGGACAAUAUCAAUCCCAUUCUCAAUAUUCAGCCAGAUCUGAAGUUAAAGUCCAUUCGGGAGAAGAUUGAACCAAAGUGUGAAGUGAUUUAUUUUCCAGUGAAAUUUCAUCGGAUGCCCCAGCAGAGGCCACCAAGUGAUGAGAGAAUUUUACAUCUUAUCUGGCCACAUCGAUGGGAACAUGACAAGAAUCCUCAACUACUCACAGAGACGCUCAUUGAACUGAAUAAGAGGCAGGUGAAUUUUAAAGCGUCUAUCCUCGGUGAGAAUUUCCAAACGAUUCCGGAUUGUUUUGAGGAUAUUCAGACAAAAUUGGGUGAAAAACUCAUAAAUUUUGGGCAUCUCGAUCGAGAGAAGUACUUCCAGACACUUCUCACUGGAGACAUUGUCAUCUCAACGGCUGGCCAUGAAUUCUACGGGGUGUCCAUGCUGGAAGCCACAUAUUGCGGAUGCAUGCCCAUUGCACCCAACAAACUAGUCUAUCCGGAAAUCUAUCCAAAGGAGAAUCUCUACAAUACAUCCAAUCAACUGAUAAAGAUGUUGUACAAUUGGUGCAGGAAUCCCGAACUCUUCCAGAGGCAGAGAGACAAAUUUUUCGAGAUGUUUUCAUUUGAGAAAUAUUCUUCUGUGCAAUUGAUACCAAAGUUCUAUGACAAAUUCAAGCCACUCGGUACCAAAUAGUCAACGAAGUGGAUGAAUAUCUAUCAGCGGGACCAUUUCUGCUUCCAGUAAUUAAAAAAAAAAUAACCAUUAGCAGAGAUAAAAUUGUCAAAUUUGUUUAUUGUAAAAAAAAUAAUGAAAGAGGCAAUAGCAAUUUAUUAAUCAA